GUUCAGAUUUGUUUCUGAAUAGUAAGUGGAGGUAUUGCAUCUGCAGUAAAUGGAUAUUUGCUGAUAAAGUCAAGCACAGAGAGACUUAAAAAAGGUAUCUAGAGGUGGAAGAAUGUGGCUCAAAAGUCAGAUCUUGCUUUUAUAUUGCAUUGCAAGUGAAGUUUGGAUGGCAAAGCAGCUUGACUCUAGAAGAAAUUUGCCCCGGGGACUUUACUCUAUUGAAGAUGGUCAUUCUUCAGGGUGGGACAGGCUGAAAAGGAGUCUGUAUCAAGGAAAAUCCUGCAGGAUACGAGGCUGCUGCACAGGAAGAAACGAUGACUGCAGCUUUAACGUUGCCUCCAGAGCAGCUAUAUGUUACUGUGACCAGUUCUGUGCCACAGAUCCUCCUGGCCCUGUGGACUGUUGUGCUGACUACUGGGAUGUCUGUGACAACACUGUUGAGCCCACCAGGUCAGAUGAGCCUUGGCCACCUCCAACAUCAGGUUGUUAUAAAGAUGGCCGAUAUUACGGAGAAGGAGCAAUAAUUAAAGACAACUGCAAUUCCUGCAAAUGCUUCCAAAGUAACUGGAAAUGUUCAAAUGAAGUAUGUCUUGUUCGCCCAGACUUGAUUCAGAACAUCAAUUCUGGAGAUUAUGGAUGGAAAGCUGACAACUAUAGUCAAUUCUGGGGAAUGACACUGGAAGAAGGUUUCAAAAAGCGGCUGGGCACAUUACCUCCAUCUCAUUCUUUGUUGAAUAUGAAAGAAACUCCAGGAAGUUCACCUCCGGAAGGAAAAUUUCCUGAGUUUUUUGCAGCCACUUAUGCAUGGCCUGAGUGGAUUCAUGAUCCUUUGGAUCAACGAAAUUGUGGAGCAUCCUGGGCUUUUUCAACUGCAAGUGUUGCAGCAGAUAGAAUAGCAAUUCAUUCUGAUGGUCAGAUCACAGACAACCUUUCUGUUCAGAACUUGAUUUCUUGUGAUACCAAGAAUCAGCAUGGAUGUAAUGGUGGAAGUAUUGAUGGUGCUUGGAGAUAUCUGAAAACACAUGGGGUUGUAUCUUAUGCUUGUUAUCCAUCAUUUUGGAAGCAUCACUUGGAUCAACCAGGUGAAAAUCACUGUUAUGUGUCAAGUGAAUAUGGACAAAACUAUACUAAUGGACCAUGCCCCAAUGAUUUAGAAGACUCCAAUCGGCUAUACCGCUGUGGCUCUCACUACAGGGUCUCCUCAAAAGAAACCGACAUAAUGGAAGAAAUCAUGGACAAAGGACCAGUGCAAGCUAUAAUGAAAGUGUAUGAAGAUUUUUUCCUUUACAAAGAAGGGAUCUACAGACACUCCUACAAAGCAGGUUCCAAAUGGAAAACACAUUCAGUCAAACUCCUUGGGUGGGGUUCAUUCCCUGACAAAAAUGGACAGAAACAGAAAUUCUGGAAAAAUGGAAGACACAUUCCGUGGAAACCUAGAUAGGAUAUAGUCUGAGGUUUUUUGCUCUGCCAGAUAGAAGACAUUCUGAUGAAACAGAACUCCCCUGACAAUUUGCUCCUUCCUUCCGGGGGUUUUGCAAACUUGAAUUUUUGCUUUAAAUGUUGCAGGAUCAAGUCAUGAAAGAAUUUGAAUGCAUGUUCUCAAAAUUAUCUGAAAAGGCAUUGAAGACUGACUAGAUUAGCAUUGAUAAGGAAAUGUCUAAAAAUGUGUAACAUCAAAAAUCAAGUUGUAACAUGAUUUGUUCAAAAACUAUAUAGUCCCUGUUAGGGGAGAUUUUUAUUUUAUUUUAUUUUUUUUAAUCAGGAAACUAAGAAUUCAGAUCCAUUAACAUGGUUAUUUCUUUAGACAAGAUAGUGUGGGGUGUGGGA